AUGAGCUGCGGAGACGGGGCGGCUGCUGCAGGCUGGCUGCUGACGCUGCUCACUCUGGCGGCCGCCCGGGGCGCUGCGGUGCAGCUGCAGGGCAAUGGCUACGAUGGGCUACUUGUUGCGAUCAACCCGCAGGUGCCAGAAGACCAGAAACUCCUCGCAAACAUCAAGGAAAUGAUAACUGAAGCUUCUUUUUAUUUGUUCAAUGCUACACAAAGAAGAGUCUAUUUCCAGAAUAUAAAGAUUUUAAUACCUGCUACAUGGAAAGCAAACAGUUAUGGGAAACCAAAACAUGAGUCAUAUGAAAAGGCAGAGGUCAUAGUUGCUGCUCCUUAUUGGAAACAUGGAGAUGAGCCAUAUACGCUACAAUAUGGAGAAUGUGGAAACAUGGGAAAAUAUAUUCAUUUCACACCUAACUUCCUAGUAAAUGAUUAUUUGAUUGAUGUCUAUGGAUCACGGGGCAGAGUUUUUGUCCAUGAAUGGGCCCACCUUCGAUGGGGGGUAUUUGACGAGUAUAAUAAUGAAAAGCCUUUCUAUAUAACUGGACAAAAUCAAGUUAAAGUUACAAGGUGUACAUCUGACCUUACAGGGAUCUAUGUCUGUGAAAAAGAAUCCUGCACUGAAGGAAAUUGUGUCAUUAAUCAGCUGACGGGACUUUUUAAGGAAGGAUGUGCAUUUAUUCCUGAGAGAACUCAAACUGCAAAGUCAUCAAUAAUGUACAUGCAAAGCUUAUCAUCUGUGGUUGAAUUUUGUAAUGAAAGUAACCAUAAUAGAGAAGCUCCCAAUCUGCAAAACAGAAUGUGCGACUAUAGAAGUACAUGGGAUGUAAUAAUAAGCUCUAUGGACUUUAAUAACACCCUUCCAAGGACCGACACCAGCCUCCCACCUCCUCCUACCUUCUCAUUGCUACAGAAGAGAGACAGAGUGAUCUGUUUAGUUCUCGAUGUUUCCCACAGCAUGAAUGGGGAUGAUCGGAUCAAUCGACUGCGUCAGGCAGCAGAACUGUAUCUACUGCAAGUUGUUGAAGACAAUUCUUAUGUUGGUAUUGUCACCUUCAAUAACGAAGGAGAAAUCAGAAGUCAGUUGCGUCAAAUAGUCAACAAGGACAUAAGGAAACAGCUUGCUUCUUACCUACCUACUGCUGCACCUAGUGGAAGAACAAACAUUUGUGUGGGUCUGCAGCUGGGAUUUGAGGUGAUUAAAAAACAAGAUGGAAAUAUAUAUGGUUCUGAAAUUAUAUUACUGACAGCUGGAGAAGACAGUGGGAUAAUUGAAUGCUUUUCUAACAUAAUUAACAGUGGAUCGAUCAUUCACACCAUUGCUCUUGGCCCAUCUGCUGCUAAAGAAGUUGAACAAUUAGCCCAUGAGACAGGGGGCUUAGCGUUUUUUGCCUCAGAUAGACUGGACUCCAAUGACCUAAUUGAUGGUUUCUGCGCAAUUUCAUCAGGGAGUGGAGAUACUUUCAGUCAUUCCAUUCAGAUUGAAAGUGCUGGUGAAAGGACUGAGAGCUAUAAUCAGUUUAGUAGGACAGUGUCUAUUGAUAGCACAGUAGGAAAGGAUACCUUCUUUGUAGUAACAUGGCAGACUGCUGAACCUCCGAGGAUCACUCUCCUUGAUCCCAAUGGAAAAAACUACACCAAUAAGGACUUUGAGGUUAAUACAGUGUUGCAGGUAGCUCGUCUCCAGAUUCCAGGAAUUGCAGAGGUUGGGGAGUGGACCUACGCUCUCAUGAAUACUCACCUAUCCCCUCAAGCUCUAACUAUGACAGUGACUUCUCGAGCAGCAAACUCUACUAUACCUGCAAUAACUGUGAAAGCCCACAUCAGUAAUGAUAGAAACGAAUACCCUAGAUCGAUGGUUGUUUAUGCACAAGUCACUCGAGGGCUUUCACCUAUUCUUGGAGCAAAUGUAACUGCCAUUAUCAAACCAGAGACUGGAGAUCCACUUAUCUUGGAACUUUUAGACAAUGGUGCAGGGUCAGACAUUGUCAAGAAUGACGGUGUCUAUUCCAGGUACAUCUAUUCUUUCUCUGAAAAUGGCAGAUACAACUUGAAAAUACGUGUUCAACGAGCUAACAAGACUGUCAGACCACACCCCACAGUGCCAUGGAGUCAUUCUAUGUAUAUACCUGGUUACACAGAAAAUGGUAAGAUCCAGAUGAACCCACCAAGACCCUCCGUCAUCAGUAAUGAAGAUAUUCAAACCAGAGUAGGUGGCUUCAGCAGAACAGCCUCAGGAGGCUCCUUCAUAUUGUCUGCAGUUCCUACUAGACCCCAGACUGAUGUGUUUCCACCAUGUAAAAUUAUUGAUCUUCAUGCCAGAACAGCCAAUGAUAUGAUUAUUUUAUCAUGGACAGCAUCAGGGGAUGAUCUUGACCAGGGGCAAGCUGCAAGUUACGAAAUAAGAACAAGUGAAAGUCCUCUGGAACUAAGAGACAACUUUGAUAAAACUAUGUUGGUGAAUACUUCUGAUUUGACACCUCAGCAUGCUGGGUACAAGGAAAUAUUUGUAUUUAAACCAGAAGCUUUUGCAACAGAAAAUAUCACCAUCAUCUAUGUGGCUGUAUGUGCCAUUGAUAAAUCCUCUCUGCACUCUGAUAUAUCUAAUAUAGCACAAGCAGUGAAGUUUGUUCCCCCAAUGGAUUAUCUCACUGGUAAUAUUGAGUACAGUGUUUCAAGGAAAGUGUUGCUAGGAUUUGGGUUAAUAACAGCAGUUUGCCUUAUUACAAGUGCAACCAUAUGUGCUUUAAAGAAAAGGAAGAAAGUGGUUAUUGCAGAAACUGCAACAAGUCUACUGUGA